CGUUUUGUCAAUCAUUAAAAAAAACCAAAGUAAAGUGUUCUGUCUGCGAAAUCUGUGAUUAUUGGAUAUUUAUUUGUGUUUGUAGUUAACAUGGGGACAGAAGUGGCUAUAUCUUUUAGUGCUUUACGUGCUCAACUAGAGAACGAAAAAUCUAGUUUGUAUAAAAUUGAUGAGAAUAUAAAAAAAAUACAAGUUACUGGACGGUUUCCUAGCGAUAGAUUUAAUAACUCUUCGGGAGACUACGUGAGAGGUGGAGCCCGCACAGGCAAUCGAAAUCUGUACCAAGAUGCCGGCAAUAACUACAAGAAUGAUGAUCAGUUUGGCAAAAGAAAACAUGAAACUAAGACUGUGUUUAGCAGAUUGUCAGCGCGGACGCAAGAUAGUGAUGGUGAAGACGACGUUCCCGGUAAUAAAAGAGUAAGAAUGCCUUCAGCAGUGUCCAGGGAACUGCCAACCAGAGCUGCAGUACUUCGAGCUCAAGGUGGUGAUGAACAAGCCAGAACCAGAAAUCGUCGUAUAUUUGGUUCACUGUUGGGAACACUACAGAAGUUUAAACAAGAAGAGAUUGUGCUGCAGACAAAGGAAGAUAAAAAAGCUCAAGUUGAACGUAAAAUUGAAGAGCAAGCGAGAUUAGAGAAAGAGAGGGAACAAAAAGAAAGAAAAACAUUGUUCUUGGAGAGGGAACACAAGAAAGCAACCAUCAAGGCAUUGGAAGCCAAAAUGGCUCGUGUUCAGGAGUUUGAGAAGUGGGAAACUUCACAGAAAAGCCUUACUAAUUUUAUCUUGACCAAAGCUAAACCACAUUUAUACUGGAUUCCAAAAAAAAUGUCAGACAAAGCUACUGAGAAACUAAAUUCAAGUAGAAAGUACCAUGAAAAGUGCAUGAUAAAGAAACGUGAAGAGUUGCAAGAAGAAUUACAAAGGAUAGAACAAAGAUGUCUACGCCAGAGAGGUCCUGGUACUAAGGAGAAUGAUCCAGAAUCACAAAAUAAUAAAGAUUCGUCUCAACAUAACGAUUCUAUCACUGAACACGACCAUGAAAUGAAGACGGACGAAAGCGACGAUAAAUCAAGGAAAAGGAAUAAGUUUGCAAUGGAUGCAGAUGAGAAGGAAGACAGUGACGCUGAUGACAGGCAUGAUGACGUUUCUCCGUCAGUUGUACCAAAAGAGGAAAAAGAAUCAGAUGAAAGCAAAACAGAAGUAAGUUCUGAACAGAUUACUAAUGUAGCCCAACCUACGGAAAUGGAAAUAACAAAUGAAUGUAUGGACUCUACUAUGGAAACUAGUGAAGCCAAUGAUACCCAACUAGAAAGUGAAAUAAUCACAUCCAAUGAAAACAAGCUUGAUGCAGGAUCUUCAGAACAUUCCUAACAACUACUGCACAAACAAAUUCAUAGAAUUUAAAUCAGUGUCACU